CGACGGUAGAAAAACAACUACUUCAAAAAAGUCUAGCAAACGUCAAUUCCCAUGUCCCAACGGCCCUGACCGGAGAGAGACGCCCUCCACCUUCUCUUCCCCCCCCUCUCCUUCUGCCUCUCUCUCCCUCUCUCCCUCUCUCCCUCUCUCCGUCUCUCCGUCUCUCCCUCUCUUCCUCUCCUCCUCUUCUCCUCUCCCUCUCUCCGCCUCUCUCUCCCUCCCGCCCUCUCUCCCUUUCUCCCUCUCUGCCACUCUCCCUCUGCCAACCGCUCAUGCCCCAGUCUCUUCCCUCCCGACUUUCUUGGGCCCUGUCCGGUAUAUGACAGAUCGGGAAAUAUUUACUAGGUGCUGUGCCGUGGGUUCAAGCGACGGAGAGUACCAUCUUUGUUGUUUCGCGCGUCGGCCUCCUGUUUGUCUUCCUCAUCUCCGCCAUAGCCGGCCGGCGCACUCCCGCUUCGUCGGGGUUGCCUGAGAGGCAGGAGAGAGAGUAGAGUGAGAGGGAGUCAGACUCAGCAAAGCGAGGAGGAGAGAUGGCGUCCUUGGCAGCAGCCGCCUCAGCAUCUUGUGCUACUGCAGCUAGCAGCAGCUUCGCCGGCCAGAAGCUCAAGGUCGCCAGCCAGAAAGCUGCCCGCUCCGCUCCCGCUCAGGUCGGCGUUCGCGCUAAGUACGGCGAUGAGAGCGUCUACUUCGACCUCCAGGAUAUCGAGAAUACCACCGGCUCUUGGGACAUGUACGGCACCGAUAACAAGGCCAGAUAUAACGGUCUGCAGAACAAGUUCUUCGAGACAUUCGCCGCACCUCUCACGAAACGAGGCUUGAUCUUCAAGGGCUUGCUCCUUGGCGGAGGAGCCGUCCUCGUCCAGAACCUUGGUAGUGCCCCAGGUGAUGUCUUGCCCAUCCAGAAGGGCCCGCAGCAGCCACCCGCCCCGGGGCCAAAUGGCAAGAUCUAAAUCUCUCUCUUUGUAGCAUUCUUAUCUAUCCCUCUCCACCCUCUCCUCUCCAUCACCACAUCCGAAGCUUCCUCCCAACCGCUAUCCUCUCUCCUGCCGAUACCUUCACUCCCUCCCUUUGCUUCCCCCAAUUUCAAUCUCGUUUUCACCCAUCUUCUCGCUGCUUCUCUCUCUCCCAUUUCUUCUCCUCCGCUGUUGUCUCUUUGUUGAGGAGCAGAGACUCGUUGGUACACACGCUCGCAGAGUCUGACGUGGAAGCCGUCGUCGGUCGACAGCGGGCUAGCGUUGGAAGAUGCACAGGCCUGGACAGGUCUCUUCAAUGCGGUGGAGGAGCCAGACUGGAGAGCGAGAGGGAGGGGAGGGAACGAGCAGAAGGAGAGAGAAAGAAAGGGGAGAGAGGAAGAGGGAGUGGAAGAGAGAGACAGAGAUAAAGAGAGAGAGAGCAUUGUAGGUUCGGGGGACUGCUUGGAGAUGCCGUCUGUCUUGCGUUGGGAUGUGGAUAGAGUUCUGUCUAUACUAGGCAGAGUAAACGUCGUCCUUCCGGUGAUACAUAUCGUAUUAUUGUUUGAAGGAUGGCGCAAUACUUUCCCCAAAAGGAAAGUCUCAGCUUAUGUAUGAUUUGCUCGGAGGCCAAGCUGGGUUCUUUCGGGGUUGCUGAGGGAGAGGCCGGGAGGAGGAUGGGCGAUACAGUCAUCCAACGGUAACAAUUUGUUGUGGAUAAGACGGACGGGAUGACGUGGCAUUUUCUUCAAGGGGGUCUAUCAACAGAAUAGAACCCUACUUUCCUCCACCCCUUUCAACAGCGAUGAGUAACGUUAGCAGGGGCCUUUUGAGCCCUCUGUGUUCAGAGGGCUCUUCAUAACGAGCGGGAAGGUUUAUGAGACGCAUUAUCGACUGGCUGUCCUUUGCCGCCUCCUCUGCGUCUUUCCUACCUCUUCUCCCUCCUCUCCCUCUUCAUAAUUAGCACGGUGAAGAUGAUACUCGUACGGGUUUGGGUACCGUCGUCUGUAUUUCGAAGCAAGGCCUCCCUCUGGCUUUCUUCUCUCUCUGUGCCCCUGGAUGUAUGUCCUUUCGUGUAAUUUAGACAAUCUGACAAUUUACGAACUGACAAUUUACGAAGCCUUGAGUUGGUUUUCUUUUCUGUUUAUAAAGUGGGUGUUUUGUUUAUAAAACCGAACAGAACAAGGGUAAACAAAUGGAUGGCAGAACUGGACUCCGCUCGGCUCCUUUUUCCUUGAGCCUUUGUAUAUGCGUUCCAGAACGUAAGCAUGUAAAUUCUGUACGUACUGUAUGUAUGUAUGUAUGUAUGUAUGUAUGUAUGUAUGUAUGUAUGUAUGUAUGUAUGUGUGUAUGUGUGUACGUAUGUAUCGAUGUAUGUAUGUCUGUAUGAACGUAUGUAUGCAUGAAUGUAUUUACGUAUGCAUGGCUGUACGUAUGCAUGGGUCUUAUGUAUGUAUGUAUGUAUGUAUUUAUGUAUGUAUGUAUGCAUGUAUGUAUCGAUGUAUGUAUGUCGUAUGAAUGUAUGUAUGCAUGAAUGUAUUUACGUAUGCAUGNUAUGUAUGUAUUUAUGUAUGUAUGUAUGCAUGUAUGUAUCGAUGUAUGUAUGUCGUAUGAAUGUAUGUAUGCAUGAAUGUAUUUACGUAUGCAUGCAUCGGUAUGCGUCUCAUGGGUCUUAUGUAUAUAUGUAUGUAUGUAUGUAUGUAUGUAUGUAUGCAUGUAUGUGUAUGUAUGUAUGUAUGCAUGUACGUACAUACGUAUGUAAGUACGAAUGCAUGCAUCAACGUAUCGAUGUAUGCAUGCAAAGGUGUAUGAGUUUAUGUAUGUAUGUAUCUUUGUAUGUAUGUAUGUAUGUGCACGCAUCUGUGUUUGUGUGUAUGCAUAACGUGUGCGCUUAUGCAUGUGAUUGUACAUUUAUGCUUGUACAUAUGUACGUAUGUAUGUGCGCCCGAAUUUGUAUCUGUGCUCUGCUUUCGAAUAGCCGUCCCUUGUGUUGCAUCCGCGCAUGCAUGCGCGUGUUUUUUUUUUUUUUGUGUGUGUGUCCGUUGAUGCGAAAGUACCACAGGUACCCUCGGGCAUUCGGCCAUACAUUGCGAGGCAUUGUGUCGAGGGAGAGCGCGCGCGCGCGCGUGCGUGUGUGUGUGUGUCAGAAAGAGAGAGAGGAGGGGGGUGCGCGCGCGUGCGUGUGUGUGUGUGAGAGAGAGAGAGAGAGGGGGGGCCGCGCACGCGCGCGUGCGUGUGUAUGUGUGUGUCAGAGAGAGAGAGAGAGAGGGGGGGAGAGAGAGAAAGAGAGAGAGAGAGAGAGAGAGAGAGAGAGAGNGAGAGAGAGAGAGAGAGAGAGAGAGAGAGAGAGAGAGAGAGAGAGAGAGAGAAUCGCAGUGAAUGAAUGUGGGCCAAAAUG